AUGCGUGACUACAUUGCGAAAGCAGAUGACAUUCGAACUAAAUUGCUGGACUCCAUGCUCCGUCGGCUAGAGAUGAAAAAGAAACAGGUUUUAGAGCAGAGUUGGGAAAUCUGUGAUUGGCGGAUGUAUGUUCAUUGGCUUUUGAUUGCCGCCAUUCUCAUCGUUUUCUGCGUUCUCCGGUAUGGCGUAGAGAAAGUACACCUACAACCGACAGAGGGAAGAGACGGAGAUCCGAUAGUGGAGUACAAGGAUCGGCAAUUGGAGAAGACGUCAGAAGCGUUUAGAGCCCGACAUCGUCAGUGA